AUGCAUUCACGCGAGACUCUACACAGUUGACGAUAUGCCACGUCUUUGAAAGUGCAGCAUCCAAUCAUCAGAACACACAGGUAGAAAUAACCAGGAUACUGAAGCUUGCAUUGUUAGUACAACAGAUCCUGUUCCAGACAUUGCAAGAUGGCAGGUCUUCGAUGCAGUUUGGCACUGAAUCUGCUAGCAGUGGCAGUAGUGCUUUUAGCUGCCCAACAGACCAGGGCACACUCCCAUUCUCAUGGAGACCAUGGGCAUGGUCAUGGCCACGGGCACCAUCACCAUGGGCACCACCAUGGCCACUCUCAUGAAGCACCGAAGAUGUUUCAUGGAGCCAGCAAGUGGAGUGCUGAGGCUAACAUCCCAACAGGUGAAGAGGAGAUCACUGACCACCAUGGACACGCGCACGAUCACCAUGGACACGCUCACGAUCACCAUGGACACGCGCAUGAUCACCAUGGACACGCACACGAUCACCAUGGACAUGCUCACGAUCACCAUGGACAUGCUCACGAUCACCAUGGACAUGCUCACGAUCACCAUGGACAUGCACACGAGCACCAUGGACAUGCACACGAACACCAUGGACACUCCCAUGACCAUGCUCCUGAGCUAAAGCAGGAAGCUGAGGCAGAAAAACGCGACUUGGUGGAGCUGUGGAUGCAGGCAAUAGGUGCCACUCUGCUGAUCAGUGCCGCACCCUUCCUCAUCCUCUUCCUCAUCCCGGUCCAGUCCAACACGGACCAGCACCAGAACCUGCUGAAAGUGCUGCUCAGCUUUGCGUCUGGCGGACUGCUGGGAGACGCCUUCCUCCACCUCAUUCCUCACGCGCUGGAGCCUCACUCUCACCAUGGAGACGAGGGACAUGGGCACGGCCAUGCCAGCGAAGAGUCACAUGACCACGGCCACUCUCACGGUGCCAAACAUGCUCACAUGAUGUCUGUGGGCUUGUGGGUGCUGGGUGGAAUAAUGGCCUUCCUGAUGGUGGAGAAGUUUGUCCGUCUCCUGAAAGGAGGACAUUCCCAUUCCCACUCGCAUGGACACGGACACUCCCAUGGUGCUAAAGCAAAGGACAGUGAUGGAGAGGAAGAAGAGAAGAAAGAGAAGAAAGAGGGAGUGAAGGAGGACAAAAAGGCACCCAAGACAGUGGAGGAGAAGGGAACAGAUAUUAAAGUGUCUGGCUACCUGAAUCUUGCCGCUGAUUUUACGCACAAUUUCACGGACGGUCUGGCCAUUGGCGCAUCCUUCCUGGUUGGGCCCACUGUUGGCUUGGUAACGACCAUCACCAUCUUGCUCCACGAGGUGCCUCAUGAGAUUGGUGAUUUUGCCAUCCUCGUCCAGUCUGGCUGUACAAAGAAGAAGGCUAUGUGUCUCCAGCUCCUGACAGCUGUCGGAGCGCUCGCUGGCACAUCUUGCUCCCUCCUGGCUGAAGGUGUGGGUGCAGCCGCCACUGCGUGGAUCCUCCCCUUCACCGCCGGUGGCUUUGUUUACAUCGCCACGGUGACUGUCCUGCCUGAGCUGCUGGUGGGCCGGUCCAGCCUUGGCCAGUCGCUGAUGGAGAUCCUGGCAAUGCUCCUCGGAGUAGGCAUGAUGGUGCUCAUUGCCGAGUACGAGUGAUCUCGCAAAGUGUGGGACGGAACGAGGGAUGACUGAACGAGGGAGAAAGGGACAGAGGGAGGGGAUGGAGGACAGAAAUGGUGAUUAGGAGAUUGGGAACAGUGGAGAAUUGUCACGCUGAACUGUGUUACUUUUGGAGUGAGCUGAGAAUUAAGGCUUUGGCGGGUGAGGAAAAAGGUCAGAGUGUGGCUAGCGCCAGCAGAGGACUCUGUCAUGCUGUGCGGGUUCAGUCAUCGUUUCAGAGAGGGGUUACACCACAAGAGAGACUUGGGAGGCACUAAGAGGAGUGUAAUAAAUUGGUGUCUGGUCCCUCCAGCACCAUGUAACGUCCAUUAUCAUUCCAUUGGGUCUCAAAAUGGGAUCACACUUCAGUCGUUUCAUACCCUGCAUUUUACUCCUACACUGCGCAGAAUAAAUUAGUUGUUGAUUCAACAAUGAAUCAGAUGUUGAAUCAACCACUUAAUCUAUGUUUGUGCUAAUUUUACUUUAACUGUUAUUUUUUAUUUCGUCAGAUAUGUAAAUUGUGUUUAAAAAUUGUUUUUUUUUAAAUUUCAGAUAGACAUUUUAUUUUAGAAUUUUUCAAAGGAUAUGCGCUAUCAAUGUGCUUGGCGUCCACGAGACUCGUUUCAUGCCUGUCUGGUCCUUUUAUGGAUUUAGACCAUUUUGCGAAUGUCAGCUGUUUUUCUCUGUAGAGAAUGUUAACGGUUAAGAGACAAGAAGUGUGGCUGUUAAGAAUCCUCACCAGAAUCACUGCGUGCAAGCCAUUGGAGAGAAAGGAAAAGCUACUUUUAGGAUUUAGUCAACAUAAGAAGCUUGUUUUGUGGCGUUUGAAUAUGCUUAAACCACUGUAACCUCCGCUCUGGUGGUUUCUCUUUUGAGCAGAGCUUCUUGUGGAAAUAAUUUAGGUAAUGAAUGUAGUCCACUGUCUGUCAUGAGCAUCUGUACAAGCAGCAACUUCUUAUAGUAUCGUUAUUGAUGUGAAACUGGAACAGUUGUUCAUGGGUCUAUUCACCUCUUACUGAGUUGCAGUCUAGUGUUGAGCUUCUCUGAGUAACUUUUUUUUCCUCCUUAUUAAUUUUUUUUUGUCCCCCCACAAGUGAGUGGAUCCAAAUGUCUUGUGUGAUCAUGACUAUGACUGUUGUCAGAUCUCCCUCAUCUCACACACACACACACACACACACACCUUUAACAUGAUUUCUUUGUGAUGGGCCAAACUGAGGAGAGACCAAACAGAUGAGAUGAAAUGAAAGUUUCUGUAUGCCUCUUGUUUUCAUUAAAAAUGUACAUUGGUAGACACCAGA